GUCUCUAAAUCUAAAGCAAAUAUUUAACGCAUAAACCACGCACCACUAUUUAGUAUUUACUGGUGUUUGGUCUUCUUCUAAGGUCUCAACAUCCAUUUUUAUUGCCGAGUCCAUUGCACCGUUUAAAGCUUUACAUCUGUCUCUUUCUCUCUCUCUCUUUCUUGAUUUAUGGCCAAGGGGAGGAGCUGUGGACUCUCCAUUGAUUCAGAUCUAAUCACUUCUACUUUCUUUAUCCAUAAGCCUACUGUGCUCAAUUCUUUCCCUGAAGAAAAUUUCAAGAAUCCCAACUGUAAUAACCUCACUCUCAUGGAUGCUUCUGCUUCAAGGUCUCCUCCUCCCACUAUCCAAUUCCCAGUCAAUCUUAACUCCACCACUCAUGACCAUGAAGAUGAUGAUGAUGAUGUUUCUUUACCCUCUGAUGAUAAUAAACGGAAGGUCAUCGAUGAAAUGGAUUUUUUUGCAGAGAAAGAGCAUGAUGAAGUUAAGCCUUCUAAUAAAUUAACCCAUGGUUUUAAAGAACUUAAGAGUCCUACCCGAUUGGAGUUUGACGUAAACACUGGUUUGAAUCUUCUUACUACCAAUACUAGCAGUGAUCAAUCCUUGGUUGAUGAUGGAAUAUCGUCGAACAUGGAAGAUAAGAGAGCUAAAAGUGAGUUAGCAGUUCUGCAAGCAGAGCUAGAGCGCAUGAAAGUUGAGAAUCUACGGUUAAGAGAUAUGCUGAAUCAGGUUACCAGCAAUUACAAUUCGUUACAGAUGCAUUUAGUCACAAUUAUGCAGGACCAAAAGCCUCGAGAGAGCAAUCAAGAGCAUGUGCAAGAUGGAUUAGACAGAAAACUUGAAGACAAUAAGAAACAUAGCGGGAAUGGAGUAGUGGUUCCUCGACAGUUCAUGGAUCUUGGUCCGGCUACUGCUGCCACUAUUGGUGGUGGUGGUGACACAGAUGAGCUUUCUUUAUCUUCAUCAGAAGGAAGAAGUCGCGAUCGAUCGAGGUCACCGGGAAAUAAUGAAGAGAAUCGAAAUAAUAAUGAAGAUGGGAUGGUGUUUGAUCAAGAUAAGAAGAGAAAUAUUGGUAGAGAAGAUAGUCCAGAUCAAGGGUCCCAAGGUUGGGGUCCUAAUAAGAUUGCUAGAUUUAAUUCGACAAAAAGUAAUGUUGAUCAGACAGAGGCUACCAUUAGAAAGGCUCGUGUGUCUGUCAGAGCUAGAUCAGAGGCUCCUAUGAUAACUGAUGGAUGCCAAUGGAGAAAGUAUGGACAGAAGAUGGCUAAGGGAAAUCCAUGUCCUCGAGCUUAUUAUAGGUGCACCAUGGCCGCUGGUUGCCCAGUUAGAAAACAGGUACAAAGAUGUGCAGAAGAUCAAACGAUCCUCAUAACGACAUAUGAGGGUAAUCACAACCAUCCUUUGCCUCCGGCUGCCAUGGCUAUGGCAUCAACAACUUCAUCAGCAGCAAGAAUGUUACUGUCAGGGUCCAUGUCUAGUGCUGAUGGAAUAAUGAACCCAAAUUUCCUGACCCGAACUCUCCUACCAUGCUCCUCUAGCAUGGCAACCAUAUCUGCUUCAGCCCCAUUUCCUACAGUUACAUUAGACCUAACCCAAAACCCAAACCCAUUACAAUUCCAAAGACAGCCAAGUCAAUUCCAAGUUCCAUUCCCAAACCCACCUCAAAAUUUUGCCAAUUCUUCAGCAGCAGCAGCAGCAGCAGCACUGCUACCUCAGAUUUUUGGACAAGCAUUUUACAAUCAAUCAAAGUUUUCUGGGCUACAAAUGUCUCAAGACGUGGAAGGUAACAAUAAAUUAGGCCACCAAUCACAAGUAGCAGCAGCAGCAGCAGCAGCAAUCCACCAGCAGCAGGGGCAGCAAAAUUCAUUGGCUGACACCGUUACCGCUGCAACUGCUGCUAUUGCAGCUGAUCCCAACUUCACUGCAGCUUUGGCAGCUGCAAUUACCUCAAUAAUUGGUGGUGGUGGCGCUCAACCCAGCAACAUAACUAGUAGUUCUACUACUUCUAGCACCAACCUCAUAACCAUCAGCAAUACCAGUGGCAGCAUAUCUACUACCAUCAACAAUACCAAUGGCAACAAUAAAAUCAACAACUGAUGUUUCCAGGGAAAUUGAUGGCAAAUAUUUGCCCUUUCCUAUCCUUUCUUUUCUUUUCCUUUCAUUUUCUUUUUGAUAGGAGGAAAAAAAAAACCCAUAAUUACACAUGUUCAUUAUAUUCUUUGUUAUUUGAAUAAUUUGUUUUCCAUUGUAUGUCAAUAGAAAGUUAUUUGAAAAAAGAAUAAAAAUAGAAAAAAAAGCACAAAAUAUUGAUAAGAACUUA